AUGGCAGAAGUGGCAGAACCCGAAGGCGAGACGCCCAACCAAAAGCAGGCGCGCUUGCGGCGUGAGAAGCGACAGAAAAGAGUGGCUGAGGAAGGAGAGGACAGACUCGCCAGAAUCAAAGCACUGAAUGGCGGUGUGGCACCUCCAGCAGAGGCACUCGGUGGACCAGCAGCCUCUGGACCCAAGGCAGCGACUGUGGAAGACCCAGACGAAGCAGACAUCGACUCAAUACCGGGCAUGCAGAGCUCGCAACGACAACAAGGCCGUGCAGAUCAACAAGACAACCCCUUGAGGGCGGCUACGUUCCAGAUGCAGCAGCAGCAGGGUGGGCAGGGGGGGCAAGGCGGGGCUGAAGAGGAUCCCAUGGUGCGCAUGAUGCAGCAAUUGACGGGCAUGAUGGGCGGCAACGCGCAGAACCCCAACGACCCAAACCAGCCUCCACAAAUACCUGCAGCGCUCUCAGCGCUCAUGGGAGGUGGCGGACAGCAGCAAGCGAAAGCACCGGAGACCGGCUCCGCGUACCUAUGGAGGGUCGUUCACGCGGUCUUUGCUUUCACGCUCGCUAUAUACAUCACCCUCACAAGUACAUUCAACGGCACGAAGCUUGGUCGCGCACAGUCUGUCUACAGCGACGAGUCGACCUAUGGUCUUGGGCCACGACUAUUCAUCAUCUUCACUUCUGCUGAGCUGUUGUUGCAGAGCAGUCGAUUCUUCUUGGAAAAAGGGCAGCUGCACGGCAAUGGGAUGCUUGCAACUGUGGCGAACAGUGGCUUUGUACCUGAGCCAUACGCGCAGUAUGUGAGGACUGCUGGGAGAUACGUGAGGAUUGCACAGACGAUCUUUAGUGACGCUAUGGUUGUUGUUUUUAUCUUUGGAGUGUUGGCUUGGUGGCGUGGCAUGGCGGUUGCUUGUGGCUCUUGCCAGAGUCAGCUUGAGUAA